GAAGCCUCUCCAACAUAUAUAAGUACCACUAAUCCCCUGUCCUACUAAUUAAGUCCUAUUAUCAAUACCCAUCGUCCCUCUUCUUGUCACCCACCAACACCAUGACCAGAUUCAACUCUCUUAAAUUGCUCAUUCUUCUACUAGCAUUUUCUCACGGAGUCUCCUCUACUCUGGCAAGGCCGUUCUUGAUUAUCAACAAAGUUCAUGGGGAAUAUUCCGAGUUCCACCGCCGUGGUCUCUUGGUCGUUGUGAAGGAGCAGAACGGCGACAAGACGAGGAUAGGAGCCGGUAGGGGUGGCUCCGGCGAAACUAUGCCACGAGGAAGCCCUAAAACAGAGGUAGAGAGUGACGAUUUCCGGCCAACAACACCGGGACACAGCCCCGGCGCCGGUCACGCCACCGGCCCUUCCAACGCCCCAAAUAACUAGUUUGUGACGUGUGUAUGAUGAUUUAAUGUGCGUAAAAGCAUUACCCACCGUCGCUUAAUUUGUGCGGUCUACAUAUAUAUGUAUAUAGUAGUUGAUUAUGAUGCUUUAUGUGUAUAGUACUUUACUAGGGUGUAAGUGUGUAACAACUCCAUUAGGAUGGAUUGUGAUUGGUUAUAAGUAGGAGUUUGCAUUAUUAUUCUAAGCCGCCAUGCGCCAAACUAUGUGUAUCAUGAGUGCAUGGCUGCAUGCCAAUAAUACUAAUUCCAAUUU